UUAAGCGCGUAAAUUAUGCUGAUUAAGGGCGCGCCGGGACUGGCUUCCUGAGUUUGCUCAGAGCGAGUUCGGACCGUGCUGUCUUUAGGGUUUUUGCCUCCUCCGAAGCCGCCUUUGUCUUCCCGAGUCUCUGUUGAAGCAUGGCGGACCCCGCGGACCCGGUGUCGCUGCUGUCCGUGAGCCGCUCCACAGCCAUCGACUCGGCGGCCCAGGCGGAGUGGGCCUCGAAACGCCUCCUCUGGGUGCCCUCGGAGAGGCUGGGCUACGAAAAAGCCUCCCUCAAGGAGGAGAGUGGAGAUGAGGUGGUGGUGGAGUUGGUGGAGUCUCGCCAGCGUGCCACCUUCAACAAGGACGAUGUGCAGAAGAUGAACCCUCCCAAGUUCGAGAAGGUGGAGGACAUGGCGGAACUGACCUGCCUCAACCACGCUAGCGUGCUGCACAACCUGCGGGAGCGAUACCACUCUGGGCUCAUCUACACAUACUCGGGCCUGUUCUGCGUGGUGAUCAACCCUUACAAGGCCAUCCCCAUCUACACCGACGCCAUCAUGGACCUGUACAAGGGACGCAAACGGCACGAAGUGCCACCACACAUCUACGCUGUGUCGGAAACUGCCUAUCGUAGCAUGAUGCAUGAUCGUGAGGACCAAUCCAUCCUGUGCACGGGUGAAUCCGGUGCCGGCAAGACGGAGAACACCAAGAAAGUGAUCCAGUAUCUGGCUCAUGUCGCAUCCCAGCGUGGACGCCCUGCUGCUCAUGGACUACCGCCCGAGUCUCCACGAAUCUCGAAGGCCUCUAGCGCGUUCACAUACGGUGAGUUGGAGAAGCAGCUGCUGCAGGCGAACCCCAUCCUGGAGGCGUUCGGCAAUGCCAAGACGGUGAAGAAUGACAACUCGUCCCGCUUUGGUAAGUUUAUCCGGAUCAACUUUGACGUCACCGGAUUCAUCGUGGGAGCCAACAUUGAGACUUACCUGCUGGAGAAGUCUCGCAACAUUCGCCAGGCAAAGGAUGAACGCUCAUUCCACAUCUACUACUACCUGCUGCAUGGAGCAUCAUCCGCACAGAGGGAGGAGCUCCUGCUGGAAGGUUUCCCGUCCUACCGCUUUCUCUGCGGUGGGCCCAUCGAUGUGCCCGGAGCCCCAGACAAGGAAAUGUUCCAUCAGACCGUCGAGGCACUCAACAUCAUGGGCUUCACGCAGGAGGAGCAGAUGGCUGUUUUCAAGAUCGUCUCGUCCGUGCUGCAGUUUGGGAAUCUGGUUUUCAAGAAGGAACGAAACACAGACCAAGCCUCAAUGCCUGACAACACGGCUGCCCAGAAGCUGUGUCGUCUGCUGGGUAUCCCGGUCACGGACUUCACUCGUGCCAUCCUCUCCCCGCGCAUCAAGGUCGGCCGAGACUUCGUGCAGAAGGCACAGACCAAGGAGCAGGCCGACUUUGCCGUGGAGGCACUUGCCAAGGCUUCUUCGGAGCGCCUCUUCCGCUGGUUGGUGCUGCGCAUCAACCGGGCGCUGGACCGCACCACGCGCCAGGGAGCCUCCUUCAUCGGCAUCCUCGACAUCGCCGGCUUCGAGAUCUUCGAGCUGAACUCCUUCGAGCAGCUGUGCAUCAACUACACCAACGAGAAGCUGCAGCAGCUCUUCAACCACACGAUGUUCACGCUAGAGCAGGAGGAGUAUCGCCGUGAGGGCAUCGAGUGGAGCUUCAUCGACUUCGGACUCGACCUGCAGCCCUGCAUCGAGCUCAUCGAGAAGCCGGUGGGACCCCCGGGUAUCCUGGCUCUGCUGGACGAGGAGUGUUGGUUCCCCAAGGCAACCGAUCGCUCGUUCGUAGAGAAGCUGCUCCAGGAGCAGGCAGCCCAUCCCAAGAUCUCCAAGCCCAAGCAGAUCAAGGACAAGUGCGACUUCUGUGUGGUGCACUACGCCGGAAAGGUGGAGUACAAGGCUGACGAGUGGCUACUGAAGAACAUGGACCCAUUGAACGACAACGUCGCCUCCCUCCUCCACCAGUCCACCAACCCCCUGGUGCAGGAGCUCUGGAAGGACGUGGAUCGCAUCGUGGGUCUGGAGCAGGUGUCGGGGAUGAGUGGCGGAGACUCCUCCUUUGGGGGAGCGUCCGCCCCUUUCGGCGGCGGGAACAUGAAGACUCGCAAGGGCAUGUUCCGAACUGUCGGACAACUCUACAAGGAGCAGCUGGGCAAGCUGAUGGGGACGCUGCGCAACACAAACCCCAACUUCGUGCGCUGCAUCAUCCCCAAUCACGAGAAGAAGGCGGGCAAGCUAGAGCCGCACCUGCUAAUGGAGCAGCUCCGCUGCAACGGAGUCCUCGAGGGGAUCCGGAUCUGUCGUCAGGGCUUCCCCAACCGCGUCAUCUUCCAGGAGUUCCGCCAGAGAUACGAGAUCUUGACUCCAAACGCCAUUCCCAAGGGCUUCAUGGACGGGAAACAAGCGUGUGAGAGAAUGGUGAAGAGCAUGGAGCUGGACUCGAACCUAUUCCGUGUAGGGCAGAGCAAAAUCUUCCUGCGCGCCGGCGUCCUGGCACAGCUAGAGGAGGAGCGCGACAUCAAGAUCAGUGACACGAUCCUCGCCUUCCAGUCAACCUGCCGCGGAUUCCUCGCCCGGCGGGCAUUUGCCAAGAGGCAGCAGCAACUGGCGGCCGUGAGAGUCUUGCAGAGGAAUUGCUCCUCCCACCUGAAGCUCCGCAACUGGAACUGGUGGAAGCUCUUCACCAAGGUGAAGCCGCUGCUGCAGGUGAGCCGCCAGGAGGAGGAGAUGCUUGCCAAGGAUGAUGAGAUUUCCAAGAUGGCCGACCGCCAGACCAAGAUGGCCUCCGAGAUGGUCGAACUGGAAAAGAAGCAGCAGCAGCUGUUUGAGGAGAAGCUGCAGCUGGCCGAGCGGCUGCAGGCGGAGUCUGAGCUGUGCGCGGAGGCGGAGGACGCGAGGGCGCGCCUGAUGGCCAAGAAGCAGGAGCUGGAGAUGCUCGUGCGCGACAUGGAGGGCCGCUGGAACGAGGAGGAGGAGCGGGCAGCCUCCCUCGCCGAAGAGAAGAAGAAGCUGCAGCAGAACCUCCUGGAUCUGGAGGACCAGCUGGAGGAGGAGGAGACGAUGAGGCAGAAGCUGCACCUGGACAAGGUGACUCUAGAGUCUCGCGUAAAGAAGAUGGAGGAAGACAUCCUCAUCAUGGAUGACCAGAACUCGCGACUCACUAAGGAGAAGAAGCUGCUGGAUGAGCGAGUGAGCGACUUGACCGAGCGCCUCGCCAAGGAGGAGGAGGCCAACAAGGGGCUGGGCAAGGUGAAGGCCAAGUUGGAGAGCCAGCUGGGAGACAUGGAGGAGCGUCUCAAGCGAGAGGAGAGCUCGCGACAGGAGGCUGAGAAGCUGCGACGCCGUCUGGACGGGGAGUCUGCCCAGCUCGGUGACCUGGUGACAGAGCUGCAGCGACGUGUCUCCGAGCUCGAAGCUCAGCUCCAGCGCAAGGAUGGGGAGCUGCAAGCAGCCCUGGCCAAGCUGGAGCAGGAGCAGGCAGAGAAGCAGGCAGCCCAGAAGCAGCUCCGGGAGUCUUUGUCGCGCCUGGCGGAGGCCGCCGAGGACGCCGAGGCAGAGCGGGCGGCCCGCGCCAAGGCCGAGAAGCAGCGGAGGGAGCUGGCGGACGAGCUCGAGACCCUGAAGAGCGAGCUGGAAGACACCCUGGACACUACGGCCACGCAGCAGGAGCUACGCACGAAACGGGAGCUGGAGGUGGUGGAUCUGAAGCGAGCGCUGGAGGAGGAGGCGCUGGCGCAUGCCGCGGCCCUGCAGGAGCUGAGGCAGCGCAGCGCCGGAGCCCUGCAGGAGGUCACCGAGCAGCUGGAGACGACCAAGAAGGCAAAGCUGAGUCUGGAGAAGGCCAAGGCUGGGCUGGAGGCCGAGCGGAAUCAGCUGAGCCAGGAGGUGGCCGCCGUCUCCGCCACCCGCUCAGAGAUCGACGCUCGCCGCAAGAAGUCUGAGGCGGCCGCGGCCGAAGCGGCCCAGCGUAGCGUCGAACUCGAGCGAGCGCGCUCCGAGCUGGUGGCCACAAACACCCGCCUACAGGCCGAGCUGGAGUCCGUCUCAGCUCAGCUCGCCCAGGCCGAGAGCAAAAUCAGCAACACAAACAAACAGAGUUCCAGCCUGGAGACGCAGCUCCAUGAUGCACAGGAGCUGCUGGCGGAGGAGUCUCGUGUGAAGGUGUCGCUGGGCGUGAGGCUGAAGGCGCUGGAGGAGGAACGAGCACUGGCGACGGAGCGCCAGGAGGAGGCCGAAGCCGCCAAGGCUGCCUCCGACAAGCAGCUGGCAGCACUGCAGGCACAGCUCUCCGAUCUCCGUCGCUCCUCCGAGGAGCUGGCCUCCUCAUUGGAGGCCUCCGAGUCGACCCGCCGCCGCCUCUCCAAGGAGCUAGAGGAGGGGGUGGCGCGAAAUGACGCGGCGACGGCGGCGCUGGACAAGUGCGAGCGCACGCGCGCCCGGCUCCAGCACGAGCUGGAGGACCUCGGCGUGGCUCACGAGACACUCAGGCAGAGCGCAGCCGCUCUCGACAAGCGGCACAAGAAGUUCGACCAGCUCCUAGCGGAGGAGAAGGCUUCGUGCGUCCGCGUCGCCGAGGAGCGCGACCGGGCGGAGGCAUUGGCUCGCGAGCGGGAGACUCGCGCCCUCGCGCUCGCCCGGGCCCUCGAGGAGGCGACGGAGGGCCGCGCGGAGCUCGACAAGAGCCUGAAGCAGGCCCGGGCCGAGAUGGAGCACCUCGUCAGCUCCAAGGACGACGUGGGCAAGAACGUGCACGAGCUGGAGAAGUCGAAGCGGGCGCUGGAGCAGCAGCUGGAGGAGAUGAAGACUCAGCUGGAGGAGCUGGAGGAUGAGCUGCAGGCCACGGAGGAUGCAAAGCUGCGGCUGGAGGUCAACAUGGGGGCGCUGAAGACGCAGCUGGAGAGGGACACGCAGGGGCGAGAGGAGCAGGGAGAGGAGAAGCGACGGGCGCUGACGAAGCAGGUACGGGAGAUGGAGGAGGAGCUGGAGGAGGAGCGUCGCCAGAGGUCGGCGGCUGUGGCUCAGCGCAAGAAGCUGGAGGGCGACGUCAUGGAGCUGCAGGCGCAGGUGGAGGAGCUGAAAAAGAGCAAGGAGGAGCACGGCAAGCAGGGCAAGAAGAUGCAGGCUGCUCUGAAGGAUGCCCAGAGGGAGGUGGAGGAGCUGCGGUCGGGGAGGGAGGAGCUCAUGGGGCAGACGCGGGACCUGGACAAGAAGAUCCGGAGCCUGGAGGCAGAGCUGGUGCAAGCCAGUGAGGCGCUCUCCACGGCAGAGCGAGUGAAGCGUCUGGUGGAGACUGAGAGGGACGAGCUCACGGAGGAGAUAACGGCAGUCAACUCUGCCAAGGCUCAGCUCCUGGACGAGAAGCGGCGCGUGGAGAUGCGCAUCACCCAGGUGGAGGAGGAGCUGGAGGAAGAGCAGAGCUCCAUCGAGACACUCAGCGACAAGCUGCGCAAGGCCACGGCACAGGUGGAGCAGCUGACGCUGGAGGUGCAGGGGGAACGCAGCGCCAGCCAACGCGCCGAGACCGCCCGCUCGGCCCUCGAGCGGCAGCUCAAGGACGCUACGGCUCGCCUGGCGGAGGCCGAGGCUUCGGCCCGUACCAAGGCCAAGGCGUCGAUAAGCCAGCUGGAGGCGAAGCUCUCGCUGCUCGAGGAGCAGCUGGAGGCCGAAACCAGGGAGAAGGGGUCGUCUGCUAAGCAGCUCCGCCGCGCUGAUAAGAAGCUGAAGGAGAUGGCACUGCAGCUGGAGGAGGAGCGGAGACAGGGGGAGACUCACAAAGACUCGGCUGAGAAGACCUCAGCCAGGCUGAAGGCGCUGAAGCGUCAGCUGGAGGAGGCUGAGGAGGAGGGCAACCGCGGUGCCGCCACUCGCAGGAAGCUGCAGCGGGAGCUGGAGGAGAUGACGGAGCUGGCGGAGGCCACGCGCAGGGAGGCCGACGGAUACAAGAGCAAGUUGCGCAUCGCCACCACCACCUCUUCUUCUCGCCGCGGGGCCCGAGGAGCGGCUGCAGGUGAAGACCUCUCCGACGACGAGAAGUGAUCGACCUCGUGACCCUUUGAUCCCUUCCCCCUCCCCUCUGAGUCAUGUGACUCCUGGACCAAAAAAAUAGAAUGAGCUUCGCAAACCCCACCCCCCUCUUCAGCCUCACCUCCCUGCUGUGACCCUCCCCCACCCUGGGUGCUGAACUUUCCCUCUGGCCCUUGAGGGUUUAAUCUCCGUGCCUUGACCUUCACCAACACCCCACCUCUCUGAUUAUCGUUGACCGCUAUUGGUCUUGAAAUGUUUGAACCCUCCCACAGAAGUGAUGGAGGUGGUCGUGGUUGUGGUGUUGCAGAUUGUAAACGGAUUAUCAAUGAGUGAUGAUCGUGAAGAAGAUAUUGAUAAUGACGUCACUGGUUUAUGAUGGUGGUGGUGCUGGUGAUGUCACCUGGAUUUGAACUGUGAAAUAUGACCUUGUGGUGAUGGUGGGUAUAUCCAUUUAUGCUUCCUUGAUGGUGGUGGUGUCGCCUACGUGCAUUCUUGUGGCUUAUAUUUUUUAAAGAUUCUGCAUUCGCUAUGAAAACAAAAGAUUAAAAAAAAUAAAAAAUGUAACCUU